GGACUUUGAGCGUCUGAUAUCCGACACCUGGCUGAGCGCUCCAGAAUGCCAGCAGGUCCCGGUCCCUCAGUGCGACCUGACCCUGGACCUGCGUUCUGACUCAGACUACAUCCUGGGGGUCCGGGCUGAGUGUGGCUCGCAGCUCUCCAACUGGUCCAACGUCCUGUUCAACAGGAGAAACACCACUCUGAUGCCUCCUGACAUCCAGGUGUUGAUGACGGGCGACGCCCUCCAGGUGUCAAUCAAAAAACCUCCGACCUCCAGUGGCAGAGUGACGGUGUGGAGGAGAGACCAGGAGCAGCAGCCUGUCACUCACAACAUGGCAGACGAACAGGAAGUGCUGCACAUCGCCUCGCUGCAGGAAGGGGCGGAGUACUGCGUCAAGGCCCAGGUGGUCCUGCACACAGGGGAACAGAGUGACUUUACUGACACCCACUGUGUGGUAAUCACAG